AUGAUCGCCCUCGGCCUCGAAGGCUCCGCCAACAAGCUCGGCGUCGGCCUCAUCAAGCACACCCCCGGGCAACCCGCCGAGAUCCUCUCAAACAUUCGGCACACCUUCGUCUCUCCCCCGGGCGAGGGGUUCCUGCCCAAGGACACGGCCAAGCACCACCGCUCUUGGGUGGUCCCGCUCAUCAAGCGCGCGCUGAAGGAGAGUGGCACGAGGGUGCAAGAUAUUGACUGCAUCUGCUAUACAAAAGGGCCGGGAAUGGGCGCACCGCUGCAGAGCGUGGCGAUUGCGGCGAGGACGCUGAGUCUGCUGUGGGGGAAGCCACUGGUGGGCGUGAAUCAUUGUGUUGGCCAUAUCGAGAUGGGCCGCGAGAUCACGGGCGCCGACAACCCGGUCGUGCUCUACGUCUCCGGCGGCAACACGCAGGUGAUUGCCUACGCCGAGCAACGCUACCGCAUCUUCGGCGAAGCGCUCGACAUCGCCGUCGGCAACUGCCUCGACCGCUUCGCGCGCACCCUGCACAUCCCCAACGACCCCGCGCCAGGCUAUAACAUCGAGCAACUCGCCAAACGCGGCCAGCACCUGCUAGACCUCCCCUACACCGUCAAAGGCAUGGACUGCUCCUUCAGCGGGAUCCUCGCGGUCGUCGACUCCCUCGCAACACAGCUCCUCACCUCGCACCCCAAACCCCUCCUCACGCCCUCCGGCGAACCCGUCACAAAAGAAGACCUCUGCUUCUCGCUGCAAGAAACCGUCUUCGCGAUGCUCGUCGAGAUCACGGAGCGGGCGAUGGCGCACGUAGGGAGCAGCCAGGUGCUCGUCGUAGGCGGGGUGGGGUGUAACGAGCGGCUACAGGAGAUGAUGGGGCUGAUGGCGGCGCAGCGCGGGGGGAGCGUGUUUGCGACGGAUGAGCGCUUCUGCAUCGAUAAUGGGAUCAUGAUUGCGCAUGCGGGGCUGCUGGCGUACGGGGAGGGCGAGAGGACGCCGCUGGAGGGCAGCACGUGUACGCAGAGGUUUAGGACUGAUGAGGUGCUGGUGAGGUGGAGAAAAUAG